AUGACCAGCAUUAUUUGUUCCGUGCGGGGCUGUCACAAUAAUUGGAGAAAAAGACGGGCGUCCCUGCAACAAAUGUGUUUUGAACACGGGAAAACCAGGGCUGAAUGUUGUGGGGCAACAUUUAACCUUUAUCCUCCACCAUCCACUGAUGAGGCCCGGCGUAUGUGGCUGAAGGCGCUAAAUCUGAAGAAGCCUCCGAAAAAACCCUACAUUUGUUCCUUUCAUUUUGUGGAUGGCAGACCAUCAGCCCAACACCCAUACCCCGAGAAGUGGUUGGGAUAUGUUCCUCCGGCGAAAAAGGCUCGUCGGAUGCUUGUGAGGCUCCAAGAAACACCCUCAACCAGCUUUGCAAGCCACGAGACGGAUGCGAUGACUGAUGUCAUGAGUGAUGAGAUGACUGAUGGGAUGCCACACCGUGAUGCUUCUACACAGUGGAUCAUGGAACAUCACAACUAUGCUGCUGACCCACUCCAUUGUCCUCACCUCCAUGACCAGGCAACACAGUGUCCCGAACAACAUCAGGUACACACCGAACUUCUCCGGAAUGAUCGGCUGUGUUUACUGUACACUGGGUUGUCACUGGAUGCAUUUCAGGCUUUGGCCGACGAGCUGACAGCAGGAUGCAGCAUCUCUCAGCUACACCCCAAGGAUAAGCUGUUGAUGACCCUGAUGAAGCUCCGACUGAACCUAUUGCAGGACGACCUCGCAGAGAGGUUCAGAGUGUCUCAGUCUGUGGUCAGUAGGGUAAUCUCUCAGUGGCUGGACCUCAUGGAGGAGAAGAUGAGGUGCUGUGUUCCAUGGCUGCCCAGGGAGACGAUCCAGGCAACAAUGCCACAGUGCUUCAAGGAACAUUAUCCAUCAACAACAUGCAUCAUCGACUGUUCUGAGACCCCUCUUCAGAAGGCUCACAAUCUUGACUCAAGAGGCGAGUCUUACAGUCAUUACUAUGGGCAAAAUACCAUAAAGUUCCUCAUAGCUAUUGCACCAUGUGGAUUAAUAAUGUUCAUCUCGCCAGCAUAUGGUGGGAGAUGCAGUGACAAGUUCAUCACAGCCAACUCAGGGUUUCUGGAGUAUCUGCGUCCAGGUGAUGAGGUGAUGGCUGACAGAGGAUUUGUUAUCCAAGAUCUUCUGUUUGAACGUAAAGUCAAGCUCGUCCUGCCAGCUUUCACCAGAAGAGGCCUUCCUUUGUCUGAAGAAGACACCACCAACACGAGGCGCAUAGCCAACGUCCGUGUGCACGUUGAGAGGGUUAUUCGCCGCCUGAAGAACUACAGAAUAGUCUCUCAAACAGUGCCCAUUAACCUCGCCCCGAAAUUUGAUAAAAUUCUUAGAGUCUGUGCAGGUCUAUGUAAUCUUCGUGGGGACAUUAUACAAGAAGAUGAGGAAUAGGAUGUUCAAUGUUUAUAAUGUAUAUAAGUUUAAUCAGUUAAAAUGUUCAAUCAGUUAAAAUGUUGUUUCUAUUGUUCAUUUUUACAAAUCUAUACAAAACUUGAACAUAUUUAGUGUUCAAGUACAAUGUUCUUUCUAUUGUUCAUUUUUACAAAUCUAUACAAAACUUGAACAUAUUUAGUAUUCAAGUACAAUGUUCUUUCUAUUCAUUUUUACAAAUCUAUACAAAACUUGAACAUAUUUAGUAUUCAAGUACAAUGUUGUUUCUAUUGUUCAUUUUUACAAAUCUAUACAAAACUUGAACAUAUUUAGUGUUCAAGUACAAUGUUGUUUCUAUUGUUCAUUUUUACAUAUCUAUACAAAACUUGAACAUAUUUAGUGUUCAAGUACAAUGUUGUUUCUAUUGUUCGUUUUUAUAAAUCCAUACAAAAUUUCAACAUAUGUUGUUCAAGUACUGUAAGUAAAUCCACCAUAACUUUUGUCUGUGUCUACUUUGUUGACAUGAAGCUAACAGCACCUUAUGACACCAUGUACAUGUACAACAACUUCUUCAAAAUGAUCACCUGAGUAUGACUUUUACUGGACUCCCCCUGGACGUAUAAGGCAUGUACAGUUGAAACCAGAAG